CAUUAGUUACAAAAUGGGUUGAUUUUUAUAAGAAAUAUCGACCUAUUCUAAUUCGUGAUAUUAUUCAUAUUCGUCGAGCUGAUAUGCAAUCAAUUGAUAGUUAUAUGCAUGUUGAUCCAUAUUCAAAUGAUAUCAAAGGUCUUGCAAUGGUAUUUAAUCCUACAUCAAAUAGGGUGAAUACAAAUUUAGUCGUUCCACUUUAUUAUACUGGUUUAACAGACAUAGCACAAGUAUCUGAACAAGAAAAUGCAUGGAAAAAUUAUACAUUAGCUCGAGAUUAUCAUAUUGAUUUACCUAUUUCACUUCCACCACUUGGAAUAACAUGGUUUCUUAUUAAAUAA